AACUCCAUCAGCUUCCUCUGGAGGGGGAGGAAGGGAGGAAGUUCUCUAGCAUGAAUUUGCCUGCUUGGCAGCCAGCAUCGCUUGAUCCUUUUGGAGCUGGAGGGGUUUUGGCUGUGUUUUUAUUUCUCCCUUUCCCAGCCCUACAGUAAGGAUGGAAAUCUUUCAGAAAAAGAAUACAGUGAUACUUAUUUGUUGCAAUGGGCAGGCUUGACACACCUCUUUUAUACCUGGGGCAGGUCUAGACUACAUUGGGUUCUGAGUACUGUGAGUCUUUUGGCUCCUGCAAAGGUUGUCCUUGGAUACUGGGAAGGAAGAUCCCUGGCUGAAUGUUGGAAAACAAGUUUGUGGGUAGUUCUAACCCACUUGAGAAGCUGUGGCUGGGACUGAGUGCUUUCAAGACUGCCAGUUUUAAUUCUUUGCAGCCCUAAGUGCUCCAGUUUGUGGCACUCAUCUCCAGAUGUGUUCUCAGCAAUUCAAAAGGGAUUAUUUCAAGAUGACCUGAAGGCAAUACUUGGUGUCACCAUCCAUCCUUCCAGGUCAUCAUGAGUUCAUCUACUUUGACAAGCAGGACUAAGGAGAUGACUGAGAGAGGAGCCUGGUGAGCCUGCCCUGGGAUUGUGGAGGAUCUGAGAGAACAUCAAGCACUGCUGGAGCUGAGCACCCAGGACAGCCUGAUGGACUCUUCCCACUUCAGCUCGUUCUGUUUCCUGCUUCUGACCGUUGCAGCUCCCUGUCCAAAUAUUGCCAUGCCCAGUGCCAUCCCUGCCAAAGGGACACCAGACUCCUCUUCUGGCAGAACAAUUGUGACAGUCUACAGCUGUAAGAGUGAUGUAUGCAAUUCAUCCAACUAUGAAGACUGUGAAAUAAUUGGUGAAAGCCAAAAUGAGGCAUUUUCAAAUGAAAGAAUUGAGCUGGUGACCAGAAAAAGAGACAUCAUUGUGUGCUUCAGGCAAAACAAUGUUUCUCUUGAAGGGGUUUAUGUCAUCUUCUGGUACAAAGUAGCUGUGGGAGUAGGAGACUCAUGUGGCAUCCUGAGUUCUGCAGAAAAUAUGAGUGAUAGCAUCACUAGAAUUUGCUGCAAAGCAGAGAUAGACCCUUCAGUGCUGCACCUCCCUCUGCAGUGCGACCCUGAAAUGGCAGGUGAGGAAAUCCAUGAACCACCAGACAACACCACGGAUGAGGGAGAGCCUGGUGAUCUGCAAUUUUUGGUUGGUGAGAAGAGCAGCACUGCUGUCUUGGUGGCAGUGCUGGUCCCUGGGCUCUGUGCAGCAGCACUGGCAGCCUACUGUAUUCGCCGGAACCGGAACGGCCGGGGACCUGUCGUAAUACUCUCUCAGACUCUGAAUGCUGUUGAAAAAAAUCCCAGGACUCCUGACACGAAAACCCUCCCACUUAUUUGAAAAACAUCUACAAAUGCAGCCAAAACUUCAUGCUGAGAUGGCCAUCCCCAGCUAUGGAAAGGCUUUUAGGUAUUUACUGAUGAUGUCAUUUUGACUGAUUUGGUUGUGAAAUCUGCUACAUCCUGUUCAAUGUUACGUUUCUUCAGGAAGCCAAAGAGUCCAGACUGUGCAAGGAUUUAGAGACAAAAGGAAAAAAACCCUCUUCUCUUUUUGCAGCACCUCAGCACAAUUGCAGUUCUCAUUUAUUUUUUUUUUUUCCUAGACCAGGAGUGUUGGAAGCUUUCACAAGUAGAGUUUUGACCCCACUGCAGCUAUCAUGGGUGUUACUUUUGGUUCUGUUAUUCUCUGCUGUAAGUCCUUGCUGUGGGUGCCUUUGAGGAAGUACCAAGUGCUCCAUUCACAGAGCCAA